GGUUCUCAACAUGCUCUCUCUGCCCUCGGAGAGGUGGCGGCACGGGAGUCUGCAAAUGUAUAAUAGCACAGGGUACAUAGAGCUGGUACAUCAAAAUUUGUAAGGAAUAGGUACUGAAAGGACACCCAGCAGUUGGAGGUGACAUGGCAGAAGCGGCUUGGGGAGGGGGUCCCCAGGAAGUGACCUCACUUCCUUGACAACGCACCAAACAGAACUUGGAACCCCAGACGCUGGCUGGCCGCAGUUACUCCUGCAGAGACUCCACGAACAGGAGGAUGUGGUCACGUCGUCGCACCGAUAGCCUAGGGUCGGGCCACGAGACAGGGUGGAGCGGGGCCCUCGUCCAAAUGUGGACGCGCAGGGCCAGCUGCCUCCCCAGGCGGCCCGGGCAUACGGAAGCGAGAACACAGAAGGUGACACGGAAGAGCCCGGGACAGGGCACCAGGGAAUCCGCCCCCUGGCUGGAAGAGGCCCGCCGGGCGGGGAGCCUGGAGCCAGGCACCCUGAAGAAGCUGGUGAACCAGCUGGUGCCUGCCCAUCGCCGAGGGGACCCCUUCUUCGUGCCCGCCUUCCUGUCCACCUACAGGAGGUUCGCCACCACGCGGCAGGUUCUGGAUCUGCUGUUCCUCAGGUACAGGUUCUUCCACCCCGACUCUGAGGAGGACCAGCAAAACAAGAGCGCUCUGAGCUCCCUCCUGGAGACCUGGCUGCUCCAGUACCCAGGAGACUUUGGCCGCUGCCCAGACCUGGCCAGCCUGAAGCGGCUGGUGGCCUAUGCCCUGGUCAACCUGCCAGACUCGCAGAUCCUCCCGCAAGUGUGCGGCCUCCUGAGCCGACCCGGAGCCCACUAGCUGUUUGCAGAGCUGCAGCACAGCUCAGGAUACUCCAACUUACAAGAAGGGCUCCAGCGGCACAGCCCUCCCUUGCUCACCUGUAGAA